CCGGUUAGAAAUCACUUCCGGGUUUGAUUAUCUUUUUGUUUUGGUCCUUUUGUUUUUAGGAAUAAUUUGUUGUCAGUCUGGGAUGACCCCAUUUAUAUACUGAGUGCCAAGAAAGGGUGUCAACAAGACCAUUUUUAAAGAUUAUUUUGAUUCAUCUGAGGCUUGGAAAUGUCUGUAUUUAAGAGACUAUGGAGUGGAACUGAGAGAGGCGGGAGUAAAUCAAAAGUCGAAGUAGUGGAUGAGAUAUCAGAAUUUCAGCCUUACAACCCAUUUACAGAACUUCUGUUUCUAGAGCAGCACAAUGAUAUUGUACGACUUUUACUCAGGAUAGAUCCUAAAAGAUGUGUGUCUGCAGCAGAUGAUAACCUAGCUGUUGUUUGGGAUAUACAGUUUGGAUACAAGCUGGUCACCUUGAGUGGACACACCAGACCUAUUACAUGUAUGUUAAACCUUUGCUCAAAGGGAGACAAUCCAAAACAAUUGGUCACGGGAUCUUCAGAUAAACAAAUCAGGAUAUGGGAUGUGGAUACCGGUGAUUGUCUGAAUGUUCUCACUCAACAUGAGUCCUCAGUAAAGUGUUUGCUGUUAUUUGGUGUCAAUGGAAGUUUCUGUUCUGGAGGAGAAGUUGUAUGUCUCUGGUCAAAGAAAGGUCAACUCCUAGCAUCCUACCUACCUGAGGAAACUGAAAGUGACAUUAGUAAGAUGAUUACAAUAAGAAAUGAAAGAAUUGUCGCUUCCAUGGAUAAAUAUUUAGCUGUAUAUACAAUACAGCAGGUGAAAGGAGAGGAUGCUAAUAUUUCUCUCGUGAAGAAGCUUCCACCUCACAGGGAACCAGUCAGAUGUCUUAUCAAUAUAGCAGAUGACAUCUUUGCAAGUGCAUCACUUGAUGGAACUGUAAAGUUAUGGAAAACAGACAGCUUGCUGUCAUAUCGUUAUUUUAACUCUGUGAAUGAAGAGUAUCAAGGACCAGAAAAGACAUUCCCAUACAGUGUAGAAACUAUGCUCUGUUUAGCAAAUAGAUACAUAGUGGCUUCUGUGGGUUCAGGGUUUACCUUAUACGACACAGAAACUGGUCAGACUUUACUAAGAAAAGAACAUGCCCACCUUUCCAAGAUUAAUGAUCUCACUUUCACCUGUGAUGGCUUGUAUUUGGCAACAGCUGCUGUGGAUGGGUCUAUACGACUGUGGAGUUUUAUAGAUGUGAUCAGAGACAGUAUACAAGGAAAUUCUAAAUCCGGAAGUUUAUCCGAUGGCAUGCUAGAAAAGUGGUACACAGCUGACAGUCACAACUUAAAGAUGUCAUUAGUAGGAGAAUGUUUAGCUCAUUCUGGAUCCGUUCAGGUUUUGCUUGAUUGUGACGAAGAAAGCAUAGUUUCAUGUGGAGUUGAUGGACUUGUUAUUGUUUGGAAGAAUGAAAAUGUACAGAUGAUGAAAAGAAAUCAUGUCUUACAAACACUGAUGAAGUGUGCUGGAAUUGUGUGACAUCUCAGGCUGAAAAGUAGGAAUUCAUUUGGUUUUGAUAGAAAUGUGACAGUAAAAGCCACCAGAAGAGAAAUGUUACCAGGUGAACACUGUUUGGGUGAGGCUGAUAAAACUCCCAUUCAUUCAGAUUGAACAUAGAUCUGCAAAUGAGAGUACAGUUGUAAUUUGUGGCACAAAGGAAAAGAUCAUUGUGAAAAUUUCAGAAUUAAUUGAGCUCAACAUAAUGGCUUGCUGCAGGUGUUGAAGGCUUGUCCCAGGAGUCUUAAUUCUUUCAUGAGGAAGCCAUUUUACUUUCGGCAGGUCAGUGCUCCUUUUUUUGUAUGAAGCAAUGCCAGUAGGAAUAUAGAGGUUUUCAUUCACCAUUAAAGUUGAAGGAUAUCCAAGUUGCCGUAGCUGCAUGUAUGAUUUAAAAUGCAGUUAAAGUGAAUAAACAAGUAAGUGGAAGCAAAAAAAACUAGUAUUGUGUGAUUUAAAUGAGAGCAGAAAGUAUUGUGACAGAUGAUUGAUUGAUGUUCAAUAACUAGAGAGGAAAUAAUGACAUUUAAAAAAAAGCUUAUUUGGAUUGCCAUCUUGUUUGUUAAGUAUGACUCCUUUCAUGACAUUAUCAUAGGACUGGGACGAUUACUCGGUUAAUCGGAUCAGAUUCGAUUACUAGGUGAAACCGGUUUCAAUUUUGCAAAACCGCUAAUUGCUGUCAAACUGUAAACAUCACGAAUCGUAACUUUAUCUUUAUACAUUUCUUUGAUCAGCACAUAGUUCACAGUAAAUUUUCGCAAAAACACAUAAACUUGAACAUAAUCAGUAGUCUUGGAUUUGCAUGUCGUGAUAAAUCUAAAAUAAAAUACACCAAAAUAUGACUUAUUAUCACACUGCAUCUAAACGAUAAAGUUAGUAAGUUCCUAAUGAAGUCAGCUGCUGGAUGUACCUUGAUAGGGUCGUCAGGAAAGAAAACAGCAUCUCAAAUAUGGCGGCCGAUUAACCGGUCCGAUUCGAUUUCAUAAAAAUGAUUAACUGGUUUUCAGAAUUUUGAAAUCGUCCCAGCCCUACUUUAUUAUGUAUGUUUUUACUGUUAAAUGAACUGAUCCUACGAAGUAUUAAUAUUUUCUUGCUCAUUGUGGUUUUGUUUCUAGACAGUAAUUGAAGAAUGCUUGGGCCUACAGUGAUCAAACUUAAUACUAGGAUGAUCACCAGUCAUUGCCAGAAGAUGAUCCCUAUAGUUUUUGGGGUAAUUAAGUUGAAGGGAAAGGUCACAAUGGCAUUGACACUGAAAACUGUUCCCCAUCAAUAACUGGACAUUACCAGAGGUUGCACUAGUCAAAAAUUAGGAUGAUUGCAUCGUCUUAUGAUCCCUGCUAUACUGAGUCACUAUAACCUCAAGACUGAAAACAGCUCCAGAUUAAUGGUUUAAGAAUGCUUUGGUCUAUGACUGCCAAAUUGUCUGCUGUCUGUAGACGAGUCCUGUUGUUUUAAGAGCCGCUAAGUCAAAGGUCAAAGUCACAGUGGUCUGGAUAAUAAAACUUUGUUAUCUUUGGUCAGUAGAUGAAACUUGUUGUUUUGGAGUUUUAAGGUCACAGUGACUUUGAACUUAAAUGUUCAGUUAGUUUUAGAACGCUUAGGCAUGUAGUUAUUUAUUUAUUUGUGAUCAGUAGGGAAACUCCAGUGGGAUUGUUUUAGAUGGGAGUAUUAUGUCAAAGGUUCUUCAGACUGAAAAUUACAGGCCGUUGUUAGGGUAUAUGUGUUUUUUAAACAGCUUUUGUUUUUGACAUUUCAAUGAUUUUAGUGACCUUUAUGUAACUAAAACAUUCCUUUUCAAUGAUUAUUUUUAGCUGUCAGUCUAUGGCAUUUAUUUGUUUUACUACACUGCCUUUCACCAAUAGAUAAGUACUGCCUUUCACUAAUAGAAAACUACUGCCUUUCACCAAUAGAAAACUAAUAUUUUAUAUGUUUACACAUGUAGUAUGUUGACUAAACAUUCCAUGACAUUUCCAUCUAUAUUUAGACAAGCCAAGGCCACUUCGUGUUUGUAUGUACAUUUUUGUAUAAACUGUCAAUCCCAUCAUAACAUGAUCACGUUUUUGAUAACAUUUUAUAGAAAAUGAUUAAAAUAGACAGUUGUUUUUAAUAUCAUAGUGCAAUAAACGUGCAAUUCUU